UUCACCCGCGGCGACAGCGCCGGGGUCGGCGAUCGCGCCCUCCCCCAGCUGAACUCUGCAGCCCGGAGCCCCGGCUACAGUAGCGGCCGAGAGCCGCAGACCCCGGCGGUGUCCAUUGACCGCGAACGGAUCCAGGGGAGCUCGGCAGAGACCGCGCUGCCAGGCUCGUAUGCAAAUUGGCCAUGUGACGGCAAAAGCUGCCUGGCCCAGCCCUGUUCCUCAGUCCAUAUAUGGGCAGCGACGUCACGGAUACUGAAGGCCAGCCCAUAAAUACUCCCGAGCCUAACACUUUCCAUCUGAGAGAGCAGCGAUUGAUUAAUAGCUGGGCCAGGGGACACACUGACUGUUAUAAUAACACUACACCAGCAACUCCUGGCUCCCCAACAGCCGGAUCACAGGCAGGAGAGAGUCAGUGGCCCAUAGCCAUUUUUCUUUCUUAAGAAGCCAACAACUUGCUUGCCAGUUUUAUUUCUGUUAGAUUUUUUUUGUGUGUGUGUGUGCGCGUGUGGUGGUGGUGGUGGUCUUUUCUAAGUGUGGAGGGCAAAAGGAGAUACCAACCCAGGCUCAGUCCAACCCCUCUCCAAAAACGGCUUCUCUGGCACUCCAGCUGCCUGACAGCCUCUACCCGGUGGAAGACCUCGCCGCCCCGUCGGUGACCAUCUUUCCCAAUGCUGAACUGGGAGCCCCCUUUGACCAGAUGAACGGAGUGGCCGGAGAUGGCAUGAUCAACAUUGACAUGACCGGAGAGAAGAGGUCCCUGGAGCUCCCAUACCCUAGCAGCUUUGCCCCUAUCUCCGCGCCUAGAAACCAGACCUUCACUUACAUGGGCAAAUUCUCCAUUGACCCCCAGUACCCUGGUGCCAGCUGCUACCCAGAAGGCAUCAUCAAUAUUGUGAGUGCCGGCAUCCUGCAAGGGGUCACCCCUCCAGCUUCAACCACAGCCUCAUCUAGCGUCACCUCGGCCUCCCCCAAUCCGCUGGCCACAGGACCCCUGGGUGUGUGUACCAUGUCCCAGACCCAGCCUGAACUGGAUCACCUUUACUCUCCACCGCCACCUCCUCCUCCGUAUUCGAACUGUGCAGGAGAUCUCUACCAGGACCCUUCGGCAUUCCUGUCACCACCCACGACUUCCACCUCCUCUCUGGCCUACCAGCCACCUCCUUCCUACCCAUCCCCCAAGCCAGCCAUGGAUCCAGGUCUCAUUCCUAUGAUCCCAGACUAUCCUGGAUUUUUCCCAUCUCCGUGCCAGAGAGAUCCACAUGGUGCAGCUGGCCCGGAUCGAAAGCCAUUUCCCUGCCCUCUGGACUCCCUGCGGGUCCCCCCUCCGCUCACUCCACUCUCCACCAUCCGUAAUUUUACUCUGGGGGGUCCCGGUGCCGGAGUCACGGGACCAGGGGCAAGUGGAGGCAGUGAGGGACCCCGACUGCCCGGCAGUGGCUCUGCAGCAGUGACCACGACCCCCUAUAACCCGCAUCACCUGCCGUUGCGACCCAUCCUGCGGCCCCGAAAGUACCCUAACAGGCCCAGCAAGACGCCAGUGCACGAGAGGCCCUACCCGUGUCCAGCCGAAGGCUGUGACAGGCGGUUCUCCCGCUCUGAUGAGCUGACCCGGCACAUCCGAAUCCACACGGGCCACAAGCCCUUCCAGUGUCGCAUCUGCAUGCGGAACUUCAGCAGAAGUGACCACCUCACCACUCACAUCCGCACCCACACCGGGGAGAAGCCCUUCGCCUGCGACUACUGUGGCCGCAAGUUUGCCAGGAGUGACGAGAGGAAGCGCCACACCAAGAUCCACCUUCGACAGAAGGAGCGGAAGAGCAGUGCUCCCUCGUCGUCUGCACCUGCCCAGUCUGCAGCCUCUGGUCCUGGAGGCUCGCAGGCAGGAGGCAGCCUGUGCGGGAACAGCACCAUUGGAGGACCACUGGCCUGCACCUCUCGGACCAGGACACCAUGAGAUGAAGCUCUGGCCGACACACCCGUUUCUCCAUGCCCCAGAAGGCCUCCGUCCACUUGAGCUGCAAAAACACUACCACCCUUCUCCUCCGUUCCUCUCUGAGAGUCUGGGCAAAGGACCUUGAUGGAGCCCAGCCCUUCCCCACCUUCCUAGACACAGGGCCUUACUGUGUUAGGCCAUUUGACUCUCUUAGGGGAGUUGACUCCAUGCAACGAGGAGCCCGAAGAGGGCUGGAGUGAUCCUGACUGACAAAUCUCACUAGGUUUGGCUAGUCCUUCCCUUUAUUUUGACCCUGGAUGUCAGAGUUGUUCUGAGACUUUUUCUACAGUAGUUUGGGAGAUGCUGAUUCCUUUGAGUAAGGACAGCAAAAAAGACUGAGAAACUGACAUUGCACUUUAUGGCUUGGGACUGAUUUGGGCGAAGUUGUACAGUGAGAGGAGCCUGGUCUCGGCUGGGGCGUUCUGCUGCCCUAGAACAGUGAAUUGAAAUGUACCUAGCCGUGGGAACCCUUAAGCAAUAGGUACGAAAAACUCAGAGAACGGAAGUGCAAUGGUGGGAGGGGAAAGCAAUAUUGGCUCCUUUUUGUUGAGAAACAAAGAUUAUUUUUUCAGUGUAUAUCCAUUGAGAGUUUGUGUAUUUUUGAUGUGCACUGUUCUUCUCCAAGUUCUGAACCUUUGGGAAAAAAAUGUAAAGCAUUUAUGAUCUCUUGAAAUGAGUCAAAGGUUAACUUAUUUAAAGGGGGAUGUACAUAGGAUGCAUGCAGUUGUGUUGGAAGUGUCCUCUGUGCCUUGUGUGAUGUGGGCAGUGUUACAGGGUCUGCAUGUAUACAGGAUGCCUUACUAUGGAAAAAAAAAAUCAUUCCCUGGGUUUAAGUAUGGCUGUAUAUUUCUGCCUAUUAAUAUUUGGAAUUUUUUUAGAAAGUAUAUUUUUGUAUGCUCUGUUUUGUGACUUAAACGUGUUACCUUUGUAGUCAAAUUUCAGAUGAGAAUGUGCAUAAUAUCACUGCAGCUGAUUUAUUAGCCCUUAAUAGUUGUGGAAAAACAAACAACCUAUUCUAACAUAAAACCACUAACUGGAGUUCAGAUAAUGGAUGGUUUAUGACUAUGGUGUAAAUAAAUACUUUUCAACAAUA